GGUCAUUUUUCAUUAGCGUCUAAAGAGCCUUGAAGAGAGAACAAAAUAAUUAAUUUUUGUGAAAAAUACGCAGAAAAAAUUCAACAUUUAUUGUGGAAAACUAAAAAUUCAUCAUGCCGAAUCGAGAUAUGACAAUUCGCGAGGAGGUUUCCAAGCAAAUCGCCGACAUCAUGGAGAACCGCGUCAACGACUUGAGCCAGCUAUGGAGCCGAACUUUCGGGGAACAAAUUCACGAUCAACACAUGCGAGCUCUCGUCACACACGUCACAGAGUUCUUCGACGACGUCUUUUCCGAAUCGAAAAAUCGUCAAGACGCCAUUUUAGAGAAAAUUCAAUCGCUUCACACGGAAGCUGAAGACUUGAAACGCCUGUUGGGUGUCGACAUCAACUUGAACGCUGCUAGUCCCGAUUUGCCGUAUUACUCGAUGCAAUGCGAGCUGGAUCAGAAUUUGGAAGACUUGCGAAGUCAGUUGGAGGAGCGUCGCGAUCAAAUCCGCGCCUUUUUGGAAGAGCAACACGAGCUUGUGACAUCGUUGGAGGAAAAAUCGCGCCCGUUGCCUGAUGAUCCGCUGCCUUCGGAGGAAGACAUGACGAAUUUUCGUCGGUAUUUGGAUGAUUUGAAGGUCGAACGACUCCGCCGGAACGAUGUGAUUCGAAAUUUGCAACACAGCAUCAAAAUUUUGAUUCAAGAUUUGCAAUUGCAACUCGACGGGGACGAAUGUAACUUGCUUGUGUAUAGCGAACAAGUCCAGCCAACACUCCGAAACAUCUCCAGACUCGAACGGAUUGAAACAGAACUCGCGCAACAGUUCGAGGACAUGAAAACGGAGAUCGAUAAAUAUCGCACGAAGCUGGAUCAGUUGUGGGAAUUCCUGCAAAUUAGUCCCGAGAUACGGCAAAAGUUCAGAAAGUACACGGAAUACAACCAGAACACGUAUGACGUCUUUUAUCAGGAGUUUAAUCGCUGCGAAUCCAUCAAACGGGAGAAUAUCGAGAAAUAUGUGCACAAAAUUCGCCUGCAAAUCAUCAAUUAUUGGGAUAUGUGUUGCAAAAGUACCGAAGAACGGGAAAGAUUCACGCCUUUCGGCAGUCAAACGUACAACGAAGACCUUUUAACGCUCCACGAAAUGGAAUUGGCCGAACUUGAGGAGUUUUAUACGCAACACAAACCCAUUUUUGACAUGGUUGACGAACGAAAACACCUCUGGGAGCAAAUGGAAGCGUUGGAAAAGAAGAAAAACGACCCCAAUCGGUACAAUAAUCGCGGCGGACAAUUGCUGAAAGAGGAAAAAGAGCGAAAAAUGAUAAAUGCUCGCAUUCCAAAGCUCGAAUCUCAAUUAUUGGAACUUUGUGCGGAAUACGAGGCACGUACAAACAAGCCUUUUACCAUCGAUGGUCGCACCGUGCAAUCCAUAAUCGACGAAGACUACGAAAAGAAGGAAGAGGAAAAGGCGUCUCGCAAAAAAGUAGCUGGAUCUACGCCGAUGAGUGUUUCGCGCUACGCCGUUGGAGGCAGAACCCCGCAAACGGGCAGCGCACUCAAAAAUAUGACCCGCAACAACGUGAUGAGCGCAACUCGUACUUUUUCCGCAGCCAAACGCCCGCUUCUCAGUUCCGCGACAAAUUCCAACAUGAAGCGACGCCUGUCUCCGUCGUCGGCGAAAACGACGCCCGCUGCCAAACGGAAUAUUUUGUCGCAAAUGACGAGUUUUGCGCGGCCCAUGGGAUCCGGAUUGAAAGUUAAGUCGCCCGCGAAGGGAGGACUCAAACGCCGAUCCAUUAAACGGUUGAGCAUCAAGUCGAAACGACGUCUCAGCAAGCGGCGCAACGAGAAUCAACGUACUGGAGCAGCGGCGGGUCAAUCGUCAGAUACUUCGUGCCACAGCGAAUCCAUGACAUACGAUGUCUUUGAGAACUACGUUUCCCAAAAUACGCCAAUGCGUUCGUCUGUUUUGCCGCAACAAGCGCGUGCCGUAACACCCAAAGUGCCUCCUCACAUUCGAAUUACCCGAACAAACAGUAUCGCACGAUCUCCGUCGCCCGGCGGCACGGAACGCAAAAAGUUGACGACAAAAACCAUCCCAAUCAUGUUCUGAAAGACAAUUUUCGCGAAUAUUUUUGUUAUGUUUAUGUUUUGUUCGUUAAUUUUAGUCACAAAUCCUUUUAUUAUUGAGUAAUGUUAACGCUUCUCCGUCUGUCUCUCUCACUAUUUUCGAGCGAAAUUUUUUUGGCUCUUUUCUACUUUUUGCAAAAAAGGGACUUUAUUUAUUUGUGGUGCUGCAAUAUCUUUUUUUUAAUUAAUUAUUAUUUAAUUUUGGAGCCGAAAGGGACUUUAAACUGUAAUUUUUGUACAAUUGGCUUAAAAGCCGAUUUUCUCUCUAUUAUGAUAUAGUGACUACUUAAUUGUUAGAGAUUAGACUUACUAGUAUCAACUAACCAUUAAAAUAUUGUAAGAAGCUCUCUUAGUUUCCUUAAACACAAAAAAAAC